AUGGAUGAGUUCACAAACAUGUCAGUAUUGGAUUUGCGGAAUGAUAGUCUAAAUGGACCAAACGUCUCCAGCCUGGACAGUCCCACGGAAAGGAUAACGAAGAGCAUUCUGAUUGUUAGCAUGUUGGUCGUCAUGGUUUCUGUGGGAUGUACCAUGGAGCUGACCAAAAUCAUGGCCCAUUUAAAGAAGCCCAAAGGAGUCGGAAUUGCAGUUGUGGCGCAGUAUGGAAUCAUGCCGCUCACCGCUUUCUGUCUGGCCAAGGCGUUCGAUUUGACUGGGAUCUCUGCCACGGUGGUGCUGAUCUGUGGCUGUUGUCCCGCAGGAAUUAUGUCCAACAUCCUGAGUCUGUUCAUUAAAGGGGACAUGAACCUCAGUAUAGUGAUGACUUCAUGCUCCACCGUCCUUGCCUUUGGGAUGAUGCCUCUGCUCUUGUUCCUGUACUGCCAGGGCUUUGAAGGUCUCCAGGAAGCUGUCCCGUACAAAAAUAUAGCCCUAUCCCUGUUGUCCAUCCUGAUCCCAUGUGGAAUUGGGAUACUCCUCAACCACUACAGGCCACAGUACUCCAACAUCAUCACCAAGGUAGGUUUGAGUGUAUCUUUAAUUGCUAUACUGUUGGUGUUGCUGACCAUCAUCGAGGCAGGAGAGAAGAUCCUGUCCGUUGUAGUCCCCCCCAUGCUCGCCAUAGCUUUCCUAAUGCCAAUGUUUGGAUAUUUCUUCGGAUACAUCUUCUCCACCGCCUUCAAACUCAAGCAGCCGGAGCGUCGGACAGUGAUGAUGGAGACUGGCUGUCAGAAUGGAAAAUUAUGUAUGGCCCUGAUCAAAGUGGCCUUUCCUUCAGCUGUAGUGGGGCCUCUGUUCCUCUAUCCACUGGUCAUCAUCUUGACCCAGUUACUCGAGGGCCUGCUCGUGGUGCUGCUGUUCUGGGCUUAUCAGUCCUGGCAACAACGGAAGAAUAAAGUGGGUUAUGAGGCGGGACAUCCAGAGGUCUGCUAG